GGACUUGGCGGCUGGGAGGGCGGACCUGGGUGUGGCCGGCGGAGCUGCGAGCCGCGCCGCGCUCUGCACGCCGGCUUCGUGGCUCGAGGGGCGGCUGAGCGCCGGGAGGACCCGGGCGGCCUCAGGGAGACGCGGACCCCAGCUCCAUCCAUCCAGUUUUAUUUGGUAGUGGCUGAAGUAACAGGUUGGAAGAUGAGUGAAUUGGAGCAGUUGAGGCAGGAGGCAGAACAGCUGCGCAAUCAGAUCCAGGAUGCCAGGAAAGCGUGUAACGAUGCAACACUGGUGCAGAUCACAUCAAACAUGGACUCCGUUGGCCGAAUACAGAUGCGAACAAGACGUACCCUGAGGGGUCACCUCGCUAAGAUCUAUGCCAUGCACUGGGGAUACGACUCGAGGCUGCUAGUCAGUGCGUCCCAAGAUGGAAAAUUAAUCAUCUGGGAUAGCUAUACAACAAAUAAGAUGCACGCCAUUCCUCUGCGGUCCUCCUGGGUGAUGACCUGUGCGUAUGCGCCUUCUGGUAAUUAUGUGGCUUGUGGCGGCCUGGACAACAUCUGCUCCAUCUAUAACUUGAAAACCAGAGAGGGAAACGUGAGAGUGAGUCGGGAGUUGCCGGGUCACACAGGCUACCUGUCCUGCUGUCGCUUUUUAGAUGACAGCCAAAUUGUUACAAGUUCAGGAGACACGACUUGUGCGCUGUGGGACAUCGAAACUGCCCAGCAGACCACCACGUUCACCGGGCACUCGGGAGACGUGAUGAGUCUUUCCCUUGGUCCUGACAUGAGGACUUUUGUGUCCGGCGCUUGCGAUGCAUCUUCCAAAUUAUGGGACAUCCGUGACGGCAUGUGCAGGCAGUCCUUCACAGGGCACGUCUCCGAUAUUAACGCUGUCAGCUUUUUCCCGAACGGGUAUGCCUUUGCCACUGGCUCUGAUGACGCCACCUGCCGACUCUUCGACCUGCGUGCCGAUCAAGAGCUGUUACUGUAUUCUCAUGACAACAUCAUCUGUGGAAUCACUUCCGUGGCCUUCUCAAAAAGUGGGCGACUCCUGUUAGCAGGCUACGAUGACUUCAACUGUAACGUUUGGGACACGCUAAAAGGAGACCGUGCAGGUGUCCUCGCUGGUCAUGACAACCGUGUCAGCUGUUUAGGUGUUACUGAUGAUGGCAUGGCUGUGGCAACAGGCUCUUGGGACAGUUUCCUUAGAAUCUGGAAUUAACAGUGUGGUCUUAACCUAAUUUCUGUUCUCCAUUGGUAUCUGGAGAAAUCAAUUCUACAGCCUAUAGCUGUGAAAAAAGAAAAUUCUACCUUAUAUUUGCAGGUAAAGAUUUUUCUAUUGAGAUUAUUACAAACAAAAAGCUUUCAGUCAAGUACAAAAACAGUGGAGGGAGGUGAGGCGGAGCAAAGGUGCCUGCGGAGAGCAGAAAGACCAGUGUAUUAAUCUGAGGAGUUAAUUCAACCUUGAGGAAUGUUUGCUUGCAACCAGUCUAUCUGUGCAGAACAGAGUGUAUGCAUUUUUGCAGCAUAUCAUUGUUUUCCCUUUUCAUGAACUACAUUUUUUUUUAAGUUUUGUAACAGAAGAACCAUCCGAGUAGAUGAUACCCGGUGUGUGUGCGCGCGUGCAGCGCCCUGACCUUCCUUAGAGACCCUGGCUGCUGGCUGAGUGCCACAGGGGAGGCCGGCCGUCCUCACGCCUCCUGUGCCAUACUCAGUUUAAAGAGCUCAUUUUUAAUUUUUUCAGGGGACAGAUAAUCCAAAGGCCAGAGAUUUAAGAUUUCAUGGAUAUUUUAAAUAUAUACGAAAAAAACUAAGUAUUAUGUGAAUAAAAGUAGUUGAUAGUACCUAAGUAAUCCUUGUUUAGACUAGUUAUGAUCAGUUGACUGACCAGCACUCCACAUAGCUGGAUCCCUACUGAUUUGGUUUUCCAGAAUUAAGUGGUGUAGAAAAUAUUUAUAGCUCAGAAGUUUGAUAAAUAUAUGGAUUUUCCCUGUAUCUGAAGAGUUUUCCCCAGUGUACUCUGCCAGCAUGAAUCUAGAUGGGAAAGUGGAGUGUUGACAGUGUUAGAUUUUUAAGAGACAUGUAAAAAUCUAACCAAUUGUUGGUACGGAUGUUGUGUAAUUGUUAAGGUAGGUUUCUGAGUGUUGUGUUUAUGUACUAUAAAAUCUGAACUGAUGUAAAGGUUUUCAAAUCUUUGUUUUCAAAUUUCUUCAAGUGAAAUAGUUAAGCUUUUUAUUCUUCUGUAUUCCUGAAGCACAAAAUUACUGGUUUCUAAGUGGUUCCACUUCACACAAUAACCAGAUCUGAACGACCCCGUAAUUAGGAAGGCAGAGGAACACAUGAGCAGUGUGUCGUCGGUGCUCAGUGAUUCCGGCCCCCCAGAUUAGACACAAAGAUACUUGUUAUUUUGGGUUUGCUUGUACAAAUAAAUUUAAAUGACUGAUAAUAUAAGACUGUUAUACUAGCUAUAGGAUAUUCUGGGAUGCAGAAAUUCAGUUUGUAACUUAAUAAACUGUAAAUUAUUACUCAGAUAGGUCUGUUAGCCAUAAUUCUUUACCUGUCUUCAUUUUGUAUUGGUAGUGUGCUAAUACUUGCAUCAAAUGAAGUCAGUUUAACUUUUAUCAAGGUCAAAUUGAUACUAGAGCAUAAAAUGGAUAGAGGCAAAUUAGGAUAUAGGACCAAAACAGAAUGUCGUAGAUGGCAGGUGUGAAUGUAUAUUUAUAUUGUGGCUAAGAUAACUAUGAAUGUUGCUGUUAAUGUUUAUUGUGGACUAUUAUAUCCCUUCAUCAAAAGCAGCACUUUGAGAUAAGGCAAGAAUAUUGUAAAGGGACACACACACACUCUUUCCAAAAAGGGGACGGUGGUGGCCGAAGGCUGCUGUGAAUUUCAGCAGAUUUAUUCCAAAAUCCUAUUAAAAACACUUCUGUUAUUUGUGAAAUAAUAAUAUGCUUGAAUAUGAGCUUAAUAUAUCUUCUUAAAUAUCUUAAGCUUAAAUAUCUUCUCUAGUUAAAAGUUAUCAUAAAAACACAAUACUUUGGUCAAAAAACUGCAUUGUCAAUGAGUCAUACAGAAAACAAUAAAUGGUGUUUGCUUCCAGAGAGGAAUGCAAAGCAGUUUCUAAAAUUACAUAGUGGACAACUGAAAUCUAGUAACUGUGGGACACUGUGAAUAAUUUUACACAUGAGCAAACAGUAAAAAAGUAUCCUCGUUGCUGUACUAAUUACCUUGGCAGUUAGACCUUUGCUUUCCAGGGCUGUAAGGACCAGGUGCUAAACAUAUUUGCUUGUAAUGAUGGUCAGCGAAUGUUGUGCAUGACUUCUUCCGAGUCACUUGAAGUGUGUAAUUUUGGGGAACACUGUAUAGUUUGGGUCUUAGUUUUUCAAGGCCUAAAAUCUUGUGCAUCAAGAAUAUCAAUUUGGUGUCCAAUAAUCUUGUAAGAAAUAUUAAAAUAUAACAUGGCGGAGCAGACUGAUUUGAGAUUUUGCACGAGUAUUAUAAAGGCAUAUAUUAUGUUCUAAAUCAACAUGGUCACUUUCUGGUCAAAAAAAGCAUUAAAAAAAAAAAAAGCCUGAUCAAGAAAACGGUUCUUGCUAUCAACAGGUUAACUCCUCUGCUUGGACGGGUAGGCCUCACUUUCGCCAGCUCUGCUGUUAAACAUUUAGACUAAUUAUGGAAGGCCCAUCUGCAGCUCAGAUGUUUAAUUAUGACUACAUACAAUAUGUUAAUAAAAGCAAAGAG